AUGACACCCAAAACAAGAGAGACGCGAGUCGACAGCUUCAUUGACCCAGCACUCCUCCCAUCACUACACAAGCCACUCACUCUCCCCGACCUAUGCGAUGACGUCUUACUACUCAUAUGCGACUUCCUGGACCACCAUCACCAGCAACACGGCGAGACUCCAUGGAAACAACUCUCCCUAGCAAAUCGCCGUCUCCACGCCCUCCUCGUUCCACGACUAUUCAAAACCCUUCGCAUCACCGCGCCGCUCAAAGCCCUAGACACAGACGUCUUAACACCACACUUGCACCAAGCUCGCGCGCUCAAAAUCGACAUGUUUGGCAGUCUAUGGUGGUGGUGUUCCGGCGCCUACGUAUCCAGCAGCGACGCCCUCGAUCUGUUUACCUUUAUGCAUUCGUUACCGCGGCUAACGCGAUUGGAGGUGAGGAUGAUGAGCCGGAGUCUGGAUGUCUUCUCCGCUGCGUUCACCGACUCUUCACUUCCAUCCCGGUUCCCUGGGUUUGAGUUGAGAGGCGUGGAGACGUUGGUUGUGAAUAGCAGUGCCGCGUUUCUAGUACAGCAUUGUCCCAAUCUGCAGACGUUGGUGGUGAAGGGGAAGGGCGAUGGUGAGGAUUGUGCAAUGGACAAGUAUACCGAGCUGAAGGAUUUGUUCGAGAUGAUUCCGCGGUCCAGCUUGAGAAAGGAAGAGGACGACCCAUAUUGCCAGUAUGCAGUGGGACUACGAAGUUUUGAUGGAAGUGCGGCAUGGUCUAUGGCCGAAAUUACCUUUCUCACGACGACGUUUCCGAAUAUUCGUCACCUUGUCUUGCGCAGCGAGUCGUACUGCUAUCGAUCCGAUGUCGCGUCCAUUAUGCGCACUCUGGGCCAAGGCUUGAAACGACUCAAGAAGCUGCAAGUCAGCAAGAUCGAAUAUCUUGAUAUGGGGUAUCGGGCGGUGUGGAAACGAGCAGUCAUGGAAUGUAAGACGGAAGAAGCAAGACAGGCGUUGUGGAAAGGAAACGAGGGAAGGAGAGUUGCAGCUGAAAACAACGUUGCGAGGUUAGCAUUUGGUGAGGUGGAAGCACUGGAGGAGUUAUGGGUGGGUGAAAAGAGGGUUGCGAGACGACAUGGUGGGAACGGGGUGUCUUGGAUAUGGGAGCGUAAACCGGAUGACAUGGUAGAUGCCGCGCUGAUAGGGAUGAAGUGGGCGGAAUAUCGUAAAGAAAGGGAGGCCGUAGUUGUGUCAAGGGAGAUCGGGACGUAA